GCCGCCAGGUCUGCCCGCCGCGCCAUGGCGGCCUGCGCGCCCCCCGCCGCACCUGCGGCGGAUGAGCCGGGGGGUCCUGGCGACCCCCCGCGCAGGAAGAAGUCCCGCUCGGGAGCGUCCGGCCUCCGCCGCGCCUUCAACUGGCUGCGGGGCAAGAGGCGCAAGAAGAAGGCGGUGGGGGCUGAGGGCGCCGAACCGGCCGCCCCCCGGGGCAAGAAGGCGGACGACAAGGCCAGGAGGGCCAAGGGCAAAGGCCGAGGCUCAGCCAAGACUGAGAGUGACAAACGUGUAAGUGCAGGGCCCGGCCAGGGGCCCGGGUCUGUAGUGGAUGAGCACCAGGACAAUGUCUUCUUCCCCAGUGGGCGACUGCCUCACCUGGAAGAGCUGCACACGCAGGCCCAGGAGGGGCUCCGUUCCCUACAGCACCAAGAAAAACAGAAACUGAACAAAGGUGGCUGGGACCGGGGAGACACCCAGAGCCUCCAGUCCUCCAGGACGGGGCCAGAUGAAGAUAGCAUCUCCUUCUGCAGCCAGACCACAUCCUACAUGGCUGAGAGCUCCACGGCAGAGGACGCUCUCUCCAUCCGCUCCGAGAUGAUCCAGCGCAAAGGCUCCACCUUUCGACCCCAUGACUCAUUUUCCAAAUCAUCGGGGAAGUCAGGGCGGCGGCGGCGGGAACGGCGCAGCACAGUGCUGGGCCUGCCACAGCACGUGCAGAAGGAACUCGGCCUGCGGAAUGAGCGCGAAGCUCCAGGUACUCCUCGGCCUCCGGGGCCCCGGGAUGCUGUCCGAAUCCCCACGGUGGACGGCCGUCCAGCGGGUCUGGCCUCAGGAGCAGGGGUCCGGGUGUCCCUGCAGGCGCUGGAGGCAGAGGCGGAGGCUGGGCCCAAGGCAGAAGCCAUACUGCAGCGCCACAUCGACCGCAUCUAUCGGGAUGACACCUUUGUUGGCCGGUCCACAGGGGCUCAGCCUCCGUCGAUUAUCCGGCCCAUGUCCCUAGCGGUUCCCGGAUUGACAGGAGGGGCCGGGCCUCCAGAGCCUCUGAGCCCGGCCAUGUCUAUCUCACCCCAGGCCACCUACUUGUCAAAACUGAUCCCACAUGCUGUACUGCCGCCCACAGUGGAUGUGGUGGCCCUGGGCCGCUGCAGUCUGCGCACGCUGAGCCGCUGUAGCCUGCUCUCGGCCAGCCCAGCCUCCGUCCGCUCCCUGAGCCGCUUCUCCUCGGCCUCCAGCCCACAGCCCCGCAGCCGCCACCCAUCCUCCUCCAGUGACACCUGGAGCCACUCUCAGUCUUCCGACACCAUCGUGUCUGACGGCUCCACCCUAUCCUCUAAGGGUGGCUCUGAGGGCCGGCCAGAGGGCUCUGUAGCUAGCAGUAGUGUGGCACCCCCUCCCCAGGGGGGCAGCGGGAGGGGCUCUCCCAGCGGGGGCAGCACUGCCGAGGCCUCGGACACUGUCAGUAUUCGGAGCAGUGGGCAGUUGUCCGGCCGGAGUGUGUCCCUCCGUAAGCUGAAGCGACCCCCGCCACCCCCCCGCCGGACCUACUCACUUCGUCAGCGGGGCUCAGCAGCCCCUGAUGGGCCCUUGGGGUUGCCUCCCAAGCCAGAGCGGAAGCAGCAGCCCCAGCUGCCUCGGCCACCUACCACUGGUGGGUCAGAGGGGACAGGGGCAGCACCCUGUUCAUCCAAUGCAGCAGGCAGCUGGGUGCCAGGCUUGUCUCCAGGUGGCUCCCGGCACCUCCCACGCUCCCCAGAACGGACACUCUCACCCUCCAGUGGGUACUCGAGCCAAAGUGGUACCCCUACUCUCCCUCCCAAGGGUCUAGCUGGGGCGCCUGCUUCCCCAGGCAAGGUCCAACCCCCUAAACCAGAGCGUGUCGCUUCCCUCCGGUCUCCUGGGGCCUCCGUCUCCUCCUCCCUUACCUCUCUGUGUUCCUCCUUCUCUGACCCAGCCCCCUCAGACCGUUCUGGUCCACAGAUGGCAGCCCCCCUUGGUGACAGGUUUGUCAUACCUCCUCACCCCAAGGUGCUUGCCCCCUUCUCCCCACCUCCCUCCAAGCCCAAGAGUGCUACUAACCAAGCUGCCCCUGCUCUGGCUACUCCUGCCCUGGUCUCGGGGCCCAUCUCUACCACUGAUGCCAGUCCCGAGCCCCCUCCCACCCCCCAGACAACCCUGACCCUGCCACAGGAGUCUCCCAUUGCCUCCAAAGACCAGUCACCCCCACCAUCCCCACCCCCAUCUUAUCAUCCACCCCCACCACCCACUAAGAAGCUAGAGGUUGUUGAGGAGGCCCUGUCUGCCCCAGAGACGGCUGAGGAGCCGCUCCAAGAUCCCAGCUGGCCCCCACCCCCACCCCCUGCGCCCGAGGAGCAGGACCUGUCCAUGGCUGACUUCCCCCCACCAGAGGAGGCCUUUUUCUCGGUGGCUGGCCCUGAGCCCGCAGGCCUGUCAGGCCCUCCAGCUCCUCUCAGCUCCCUGGCUGCCUCACCCUCAGCUGCUGUCUCUCCUCAGAGCCAGCCCCAUGGUACCCCAGGCCCUGCAGCCCCACCAGCCCUACCUGAUGGUUCUGUCCCAGAGCUAGCCCAGCUCCCUCGGAAGGAACCAGUGGGCUGUGGCAAGGGCAAUGGGGUUCCCAGAGAGGAUGCCGGUGCCCCCCUGGUCACGCCCUCACUCCUGCAGAUGGUUCGGCUGCGUUCUGUGGGUGCUCCCACUGUGGCUCCAGCCCCAGCGUCGGGGCCAUCAGCCCCGCAGAAGCCACUGCGCAGGGCCCUGUCAGGGCGGGCCAGUCCAGCACCUGCCUCCUCCCCGGGGCUGCAUGCUGCCAUCCGACUCAAGGCGUCUAGCCUGGCUGCCAGUGAGGAUUCUGUGAGUGCCCAGCCCAAUGGGCCACCUGACGGAGAGCCACGGUCCCCCGCCUCUAUGGCCAGCUUCAUCUUCUCCAAGGGCACUAAGAAGCUGCAGUUGGAGCGGCCUGUGUCCCCUGAGAACCAGGCUGACCUCCAGCGGAACCUGGUGGCUGAACUUCGGAGCAUCUCAGAGCAGCGACCGCCCCAGACCUCAAAGAAGCCAACUAAGGCCCCCCCACCUGUGGCCCGCAAACCCUCUGUGGGAGUGCCCUCACCCGCCUCUCCCAGCUUUCCUCGGGCUGAGCCCCUCACUGCUCCUCCGACCAACGGGCUCCCUCAUGCUGAGGGCAGGACUAAGGGGGAGCCGGCCGAGAACGGAGAUGUUAUGCAGCUGGUGGGCCCAGAGGAGAAGCUGGACCUGCCUGGCUCAGACCCACAGAAAGAGCUGGUCUAACCACCAGGCACCCCACUGGCACUGCUGACCCAUCCCAGGAAUACAAUCUCAGGGACCUGAGCAGUUCCAAGGAUGAGAGGAUGUGGCAGACACUUAACCUAAUAGAGAGGAUGCCUGCAGCCUUAACCUCCACGGCCUUCAAUAUUUAUGCAAGCCUGGUCUUGACCCUGUCCUCCGAGUCAUCCAGCUCUCAUGCCUUUCCCUAAUGGAGUCACCUCUGGCGGCUGCCACUUCACUCUCGGCCUUAGCCUCAUCUGGAAGGAGGUAGCUGGUGGGAGCGGGUGGCUGCGCCCCCUGCUGGCCCUGAGGUCAGAGUUGGGAGAACACCUCCCUUGAGUUUCACUUUUUUUUAAACGUCCAAAUCAUGCACAUCCUGUAGUCCAGAAUCAAAGCACUUUUAAAAAGAGACUGCAUGUCCAUCCUCCGGGGCCCAUGAAGCCACAUUCCAAGGGCCUGUUUACAUGGCAGCAGCAUCAAUCCCUGGCAGCCAGCCCAUAGCUGGGACCAUCGACCCCCUCCCUCUCAUCCACUUCGCUCCUUUUUUAGUUCUUGGAGGUGGGCAAGUCAUUGUAUUCCCACAGGCUGGAGGCAGGAGCGAGGCUGUGGAAUUCCAAAGCACAAAAAGGUGCAGCGAGGGUUAGCCUUCCUGUGCCUCAACUUACCACCAACCACCCUCCUGCCUUCCAGUUAUGCCAGGUGCUCCGUGCAGGGAACAAGAAUUGGGAGGCUGCCUGGGCCCGAAUGGGUGGGGAAAGAACUAACCAGAGGGAGAAGGUCCACUGGCUCUGCCCUCAGAGAGCAGAAGAGCGUAGGGAGUCAUCUUGUGGCCAAGCAUUGUCCCUUGUUUUACCCGAUCAGUUUGAGGGUGGGCAGGCACAGCACUUCGGGGACAGGAGCCCAUGGGCUGUGGCCAAGCUGUAUCCCUUUCAGCUGGGCAGAAGUACUGAGGAGGUAGAUGGAGGGGAGACUCUAGCACGGGGACAGCUUAUGUGGACAGUGGGCCCAGCCCUAGCCCCACAGAUCCAUUCUCUGACCGACCUUUCCUCGCCUCUGUUCAUGGCCUUUGUGCAGCCGCCUUUCAGCACAGGUGGUUCUGUUGGGGGAGCUGACACUGACAAUGGGAAGCGAAAGGUGCAUCCUAUUCCCGACUCUUCCUUAGUGGAGGGGGGGGCCACUCCAUGCUCCAAGGGAGCAGGAUGGGUGGUUGCCCCCCCCCCCGCCCCCAGAAAUCAGUCUCUGCUACUUAUCUGUCCUCCAGGAAUUUUAAUGACCUGUUUUCAGCCUGUGCCACCUAUCUAGGUAAGCUGGCUUCCCCACUGGCCCCUGUGGCUCCAUAGUGACUCAGGCUUGAGUCUGGCAAGGAACCUUACUAUUAGCUGCCUCUCUUCCACCAAGGAGAGAUCGACCUCCUCCCAGAACAAGAGCUGGGAACACGGGGUGUGGUGCGAGAGCCCAGGUUCUGCUGGCCCUCUCAUGACUUCCCGUAGCUGUAAACCAAUGUUCUUCCCUUGCCCUUUGGGUAAUGGAGAGCUGCUGCUGGGUACGUGUUGUGCCUGCCCCCCGAGUUGGGGAAAGAAGAUGGUCAAUAAGCACCGCUCUGCUCAGAGCUCCUGAUCCAAACCCCUGGGAACCAGGACCAGGCCAGUGCCUCCUGAAACUAGGUCCUGGCAGCAGCCUUGGAGCUGCUGGAGAUGGGAGGGAGCCCACAUUCUCUUUCCCUCCCUUCUCUCAAUGUUACUCAAGCUCCUUUUCCUCGGUUAGAAUCUUUUAUUUCCCCACUGGGUGGGACAGUAUGAAGAAGGGAGGAUCUAGAAGCAACCCUUCUUUGUCCUCUGGGGUAAAGGAGCUUGAUCUAGUGCAAAUGGAGAGACCAAAAGCCUGAUUUUUAAUUUCCACAAAAAUGUUAGAGAGAAAAGUAUAUAUAUAUUUCUUUAAAUUUUUGAGUCUUUGAUAACAACUAUAUAAACAAGCCAUUCACUCUGCCCUGAAGCUGUGUGUUUCAAGUGUUAAUUAAAUGAUUAAAACUUGGCUGUGGCUGCUUAAUGGGAGAGGGGCAGUGUUUGGGGCCCGUAUUUAGAAGGGAAAAUAUCCUCGCAAG